UGCCGUUUCGUUUCUUUUUUUUUCUUCUGGUUCACAGAUCGGUCUUCUCCCAUGUUAAGUGUUUGCAAAAGGACACUAAAGACAGUCACGGGAGAUGAAGAAGGACGGGGAGAUUUGUGUCUUCCUUUGGAUAUAAUAGUGGAGAUACUGAAGAAACUACCGGCAAAGUCACUUGUGAGGUUCCGAAGCGUCUCCAAGCAAUGGUCAACCAUUAUCGGCAGCCGCAGAGACUUCAUCGACUCUAUCGUCACUCGUUCUCUCAGUCAUCCUCCUCCGAAGCUUCCCAUCUUUAUCUUCCACCAUUGUGUGCCUGAAACGUUCUUCACUGUUUCACCUGUUUUCUCUCCGACCACCGCCACCGACAAUGUAGUAACUAUCCCUCGACCAAGUCAUCCAAGCUCCUUCCACUAUCAAUACUCCCGGGGCUUGAUUUGUUGCUCUUCUUCAAAAUCUCAUCUGGUUACCAUCUACAACCCUACCACCAGACAGGUUUUUCCGUUACCCGAGAUCCAACCCCCGGCAACACGGCGGUCCGGAUUAAGUUCCUGCUUCUUUGGCUACGACCCUAUCACGAAUCAAUACAAAGUCCUGUCCAUUAUUGUCAACUGUGACGAGCCUAUCCCGAAGCAAACUUAUCAUGUUUUCACAUUGGGAUGUCAGCAAUCUUGGAGAAAAGUCAAAGGCAUUGGUGAAGACUCCUUUCCAAAAGAUUACAGUGUAUGCAUCGACGGGACUAUCUACUACCACGCAAACAGAGAAGGUGGUGAGACUAUGUUGCUGAGUUUCGACAUCAGGUCCGAAAGAUUUGAUCACGUCUUGGUUCCAGAAGCAUUGUUGACUCCUAUGUAUCAUCAGCGUCUAGUGAACCACCUAGGUAAGUUGGGAUGCAUAAUUUGUAACCGCAGCAACACAAGUAUCUGGAUUAUGGAUGAUGCCGGAAAACAAGAAUGGUCGAGAACAAUCCUUUGCUUGCCAAACUACUCAGUGAUGUUGUUAGGAGCUGAUGUGGAUACCUUCUCUGGUGCCACCCCUGCUGGAGAGAUUUAUGCAACUCAAUGCAAGUAUUUCUUUGAUAAGUCAUUGUAUGUUUACUACUAUGACAUGAACCAAAACAGCUUUAGAAGAGUUCAUAUCGAAGGUGGUGUUCCCGAUGAAACAAAGAAGCGUAGGUAUUGUGUUAAAGUAUUUCCGAUUCAUGAUCACGUCGAGAAUACUGUGUGGUUGUAGCAAAAAAAAAAAUUGUAUCUCAUUAUGUCUCUUCAAGCACCCGUAGCUGUUGGAGAGUUCUCAGGUGUUUAAUUAACUUAUAUGUAUAUCAUGCUUCAGCUAAAUCAACUUCUAUUGAAUCCUUGCUUCACAUUUUACAAGUGUUGCUUGAACAUGAAUAUUACAUGCAUUAAAAAGAACAGUGAUGAAAUUGAAGUAUUUGUAAUAAAGAGCA